AUGGUGGACCACAGUAUGUGUUCCACUGAAGUGCCAGCUGGGAACAAGGCUGUCUUCAGGGAAACAAGUCUGUCUGGUUGUGAGAGCCACGUUCCUCGUUCUGAAGUUCUUGAAGCAAUAGAAAAUGUUAUUGAAGAUGUACUUAAAAGUUUGGCCCAAAAAAAAGCACCUGUUCUCACAGUGGCUAAUAGAUCAGAUUGGAGGAACAUAGAAUUUAAAGAUUCUGUAGGUCUACAGAUGAUACCGCAUUGUACUACAAAACAAAUAAGAAGUGACUGUCCUAGAUCAGCACAAAAAUUUGCUCUGAUACUCAAAGUAUUAUCUAUGAUCUAUAAGAUGGUGCAGAGCAAUGCUUAUGCAACUAAAAGAGAUAUCUAUUAUUCAGAUACACAACUGUUUGGUAGCCAAAGUGUUGUGGACAAUAUAAUCAAUGACAUUUCUUGCAUGCUUAAGAUACCUCGGAGAAGUCUACAUAUACUGUCUACAACUAAAGGUUUUGUUGCUGGCAAUUUAAGUUACACUGAGGAAGACGGUACAAAAGUGAAUUGUACCUGCAGUGCAACAGCAGUCACUGUGCCAUCUAAUGUUCAAGGAAUUAAAAAUUUAAUCUCACAUGCCAAAUUUGUGUUAAUUGUAGAAAAAGAUGCAACUUUUCAGAGACUGCUGGAUGAUGACUUCUGCAAUAAAUUGUCCCCAUGUAUAAUGAUUACGGGAAGAGGCGUACCAGAUCUUAAUACACGACUUUUGGUCAGAAAGCUGUGGGAUUCUUUUCAAAUUCCUAUUUUCACCCUUAUGGAUGCAGAUCCACAUGGUGUAGAAAUAAUGUGCAUCUACAAAUACGGAUCUGUGUCAAUGUCUUUUGAGGCCCAUCAUCUCACCGUUCCAUCUAUAAAGUGGCUUGGUCUCCUUCCAUCUGAUCUUGUAAGAUUAAAUAUAUGCAAAGAUGUCCUGAUUCCAUUUACAAAGCAAGAUCAAAAUAAGUUAGCAAGUAUACAAAAGAGACCUUACAUUGCUUGUCAGCCAAUGUGGAAAAAGGAACUGGAAAUUAUGGCAGCAUCUAAACUGAAGGCUGAAAUCCAGGUUUUAACUUCUCUUUCACCAGAUUACCUUUCAAGAGUCUAUUUACCAAACAAACUGCGAUUUGGUGGAUGGCUAUGAAUGCAAAUGAAGUGUUUUUCUUUAUACUGAUUUAUUUUGACUGCUCUUAGAAGAAAUGCAGAGACAGAGGAAUAUGCUUCAGCAUCUCAUUAUCACUGUAGCUAGAUUAUGAUCAUCUCUUUUUCCUCUCUCAAACUGUAAGAGAAAUAACUUCUUUAUUUCUUUUUCAUGAAACAUACCAGUGUUUCCAUUCUGUGGCUUCUGCAACAUUACAAUGCCAAAUGUACAUACAUAAAAGGAUAAUACGUUCUUUCUGGCCAGAAAAUGUUAAGUUCAAAAAAGUAUCAGGGAAUUGCUUUGCCUUCUGUCUUGAAGCACAAGAUGAUGUUGCACUGACCUUUUUAUUUUUGAAGAGAGUAAAAGACUUUCUUAACAAUUUAUUGCACAUGACUCCUUUUGGAAAUUAUUUUAAGUGCAGCAUUGUGGCAUUUUGUGUUUGCUGUAAAUUCAGACUGAAAAGUCAGAGAUAAUUCUUCAUUACUGCAUCUUUCAAGCAGCUAUAAAUGUUCCAGCAACUAAAUUACUAUGUCUCCAAUGAACAAGUAAGCAAGCAGAUGUUACUGAUUAAGAGUUUAAUAAACAAUCCUGUUAAUGAUGCACAUCAUAACAGAAUCCCAUUUUCAUUUUAUUUAGUUGGCUCUAAAACGGUAAAAAGGAGCAGGAAACUGUGGUGAUUAAAGCAUACAAUAAAUUUUACGUGAGGAAACCACAUCGACUGCAUAGAAAAUACUUCCAAAAUUGAUUACAGAGUCAUCAGUGUGGAUCUCUCAGUAUUUUCAGCAGACUUCUCUACUUGGGAGGUUUUUUUACUAAAGUUCCUCCGCUAUUAUAUUCAAAAGGAAUUUAAAUUCCUUUUUAUUGAGUGCCCAUUAAUUCCCGGUGCCCGGGUGCACAGCCAGCCCGGCCUGGAGCCAAGCCCAGCCGGCGGGGCGAAGGGCCGGCUCUGCGGCAGGGGGCAGCGCAGCCCCCGGGCCCUGGCCCCGCGUAUGGGCCGCGCACCGGCCGGCCCCGGCGGCUCGCUCCGUCUUCGGGAGAGCGGGUGCCCGAGCGGGUGCCCGAGCCGCGGCCCAGCCAGCGCCCCGCCAAGGGCCAGCGCUGCGCGGACUCGCCCGGGGGGCGCUUCCCGCGCUGCGCCGCCUGUG